ACUUGCAGUCAAUAGCCGACCUCUUUCGCAACAACACAAUUUUUGGGACAUGAAUGACAUCCAUUUAUAGUCUUUUCAUGCCAUUGUCUCUCUUGUUUAUCUCAAGGUCAUUCCAAAUUUGAAAGGACCAAGCAAUGUUCCAAUACAUUAUUGCUCUGAUUCUUGUCGCCAUUUUGGUGGUGUCUAUGAACAAGUCUGUUGAUGCCCGCAUGGUCCACCCCAUUGUCACCCCUGAGGCCAUCAGCCCCUCUCUCGCCUCCAACGAUGGUCGUCGCCUGAUCGGCACCACCGGCCACGAUGAACUCGUAGCGUUAUGCCAACAGAUGCACUACAAGACAUUAUGCACCACGAUGACGACGCUGCCCGGGGUGAUGACACCAGAGCAGUUAUUGGACGCAUCUCUGCGGAUUACAGCGGUGAAGGCGGCGAUGACGGAGAUGAAGCUAGACCAGGCAAUAAAGUCAAGCAGUGCCCAGGGUAACGCGAUGAUGUCAUCACUUGAGACGUGUAAGGAGAGCUAUGCGUCGCUGGUGGACUCCAUCAAUACCACGCGGAACACGCUCAAGAGCGGCGGUAGCAAUGCAGACAUCAUGUCGGAGCUAUCCGCGGCGGCCACCUUCUCCACUGACUGCGAGGACACCUUCGAUGAGCGGCCAGAGCUCAAAUCGCCCAUACCUGGGGCGCAGCGCCACGUUAGCCGCCUCGUCAGCAACUGCCUCGACCUAGCAGCCACCAUCAUGGACCAGCCCUAGACGCCUAUGCGUGCAUUGACGCGGUGCAAACAUGGUACAUACAUGUAUGUUUAAUUAAUUUAUGUUUAUCUUUGCUGUGUUCAUUGCUCUAUUGUACAUUUGCCAUGGGGAUCUACAAUGCGUUUAUAAUAGGCUUAUAUUUAUGUUUACUAUAAUCACUUUCAACAUGUUUGGUGUUUUUAGGUCUAAAAUGCAAUUGUAGCUGAAGAUCAUCUAGGUAUGUAUAGUUAACCCAGAGAGAAUAGGAUUUUUAUAAGAAUUAAAGUAUCUUCAAGAUUAUUUCUUACUUCAUUCUCUAAAUUAUUAUUUAAAUAGUCAUUUAAAUAAAAAUUGAUCUCUAUAUUUUUGCUUUUGAAUAGAUUUUAUAUGGCUCCUCUUUGGUUGGACUUUUCAACAUGCUUUGGUUUCUAAAAAGUCAAAAGCCAAUAAAAGGAAUUUGUUCUCACUCAAAGCCAGAGCCAAAAUCCAUUUUUGAGUGGUUCAAAUUUCAUAACAGCCUCCUCCUGCUUUCACAUGAUGUGGAGUUAGGAAAGUCUACAAAAUCAGUCACCUAUCACUAGUUAUGAAAGAUACCAAUUCAUUUUUUCCACCGAGCGACUCAACUUCAUCCUCCAUCUUAUGAAUGAGAACAUCACUAGCGGGAGGUCCAUGCAUGGACCUGCCCCAGCAUGGGCAUAACCCCAAUGCAUAGCCCUGCCCUGGUAUAGGUGUGGCUCAGGUAGUGGCCCUGGUGCGGUCGUGGCACAUGGCCCUUACCUAACCUCACAACCCUAUGCAACCCCUCGGGCGAGUAGCUUUGACACAAGUGAUAGAAUCCAGAUCUACAGAGGAUACAAAUAGACCAUAAACAUUCAUUUCAAUGUCAUGAAAUAACUAGAGCAAUGUUAAUUAGUAUAAGAGGUGAUGUAGAAUCAGAUACCUUCUCUAGCUCUAUUUCACAACAAGCAAUCCCCUUAAAUAAUUCUAGUAACUCUCAAGCACACAAUUUAGCAACUAUUAAAUUUUACUAGACAUAUAUUAAGAGGUCUAAAUACAACUAGUAACAAAAAAACUCCUCGCAAACACAAGGUUGACUUGUCCCUUGUGGUUGGGGUUGAUGAUGAGUGAUUGUCAACGGAUAGCACUCUGGUUAGUCAGUGGACUGACCAGAGUGUGAGAUUAUGCUUGUGGAACCAUGUUGGUCUGCUUGUGGUGUGCAGGGUGGAGCACCGAGACAAUGGUCGACGGCUGAGGACAGAGGUGAAGGUCAUACAGGCUCGUGUUGAUCGACCAGGAGCGGUGAAGGGUGAUUUUUUGGGUCUUGACUGAUGGACCAGAGCAAUCGGGUGACCAGUCAUGGUGGGUGACACUUGAGACACGCACUCGUGCGAGGACAUGGUGGAGUGGACUGUGUUGCCGGCAUGGUCGAGGACUAGCGAGACACACGUCUUGUCGUGGUGGACGCACACGUGGUGCGGGACUCACAAUGGGUUUGGUGGUUUGGGCCUCAAAACUACCUAGGGUAUGGAUGGCAGGUGUUGCUGAGUUUGGGCCUCAAAACUUGGUUGUAGCGAUUCUGGAGGUAACCGGUGGUGGCACAUGGCAUCACAGUGAAAGGUGCGUCCAGGCGAAGCAACUUCGUGUGGAGAGCGUGGUCAUCGGAUCAAAAACCUAGGAGUUGUUUCAUUUCGCCCCCGGUGGAGUGGGUAGGCUCUAUGUAAAUAGGGUGAGUUUAGGAAGUGUAAAUAACCAUCUAUAAAUAGAGAGGCAUGUUGUUUAGUUCAGUA